UACACAAUACUACAUGUAAGCAUAUAUUGAGUUAUACCAUAUCUACCUCACUAUCCCACUACCCCACAAACUUCAAUAAUACUUAGGUACCUAUCUUCGAUAAGGUAUUGUACUGACAUUAUACCUACAGCGCCCGAUGCUGCUGAAGUAAUGGCAACUUUUAACGAAUACUUUUUUCGUCAAUAUGCGGCUCGGUUGACAAAGUUACAAUAUUUGCCUGUUAAUAGCCCCAAGUUACUUCAUACAGUUACUAACUACCUUAGGCAGUCUCCUAUUCGUCGCAUUGGGUGGUGGUGAAUAAGGGGAAUAGGCUUCCCAUAUCAAGCAUAUCGAGGACCAGCAUCUCUUAAAAUCAUGUCUCAGCACCAGCCUGCACAGCCUAAGUCAGUCCUUCGAGGACAUCGUACCCAGGUGCAUGUCACUACCUUCGUUAGGAGAAACCAAAGACUGGCGUCUGGUGAUGCAGAUGGGUUCGUGGUACUCUGGGAUCUUACCAUCAUGCGUCCCCGGGCUGUCUGGCGCGCUCACACAAACGCUAUCCUCGGCAUAUCCGACUGGGGAGACGACAAGAUAAUCACACAUGGCAGAGACAACCGCUUGGCAGUAUGGAAACUUGGACUCCAAGAUGAGAUUACUAUGAGCACCUCCCUGCCGCUCGACGAAUCCGUACUUGAGAGACCACAACCGUGGAUACUGCAUAUACUCUAUGUGAAUACAAUGAACUUUUGUUCUUUUGCGUCCUGCCCUACAGCACCAAAUCCUACCCACGACGAGCUCUUCAUUGCUGUGCCUAACACGUUGGAGACCGAGGCUGUUGAUAUUUUCCAACUUCCAAGCCAGAAUCGGCUGUAUACCUUUAAUAUAGGGGGUAAGACGGAGAAGAAAGGCAUGGUUAUGUGUCUAUCCCUAUUUUGGCACCAAGGGUAUCUGACUCUCGUCGUUGCCUAUGAAUCCGGCCUUGCAGUAGUCGCGCGACUUAAAAGAGGUGAAACGUGGGACAUACUGUACAGAGCACAAAUGCAUAGUCAACCGGUGCUCUCACUCGAUUUAGAUCCCCUCGAAGGUUAUUUCCUGACUUCUGGUGCUGAUGCUAUUAUCGCAAAGCACCCGGUUCCUACCGCAACUUUCCCUAUCCGGGAGUCACAACAUCCGGAAAAAACAGUCGAUAAGAAUGCCGAAGGCUCGAGCUUGUCGCUACUAUCAGCUGCACUUUCAUCAGAGCCGAAGCCCGAAAUACCCCCGAGACAGGAGAAGCUGGCUAUUGAAACGAAACCCCUGAAGACUAUCAAUACUAAACACUCGGGACAGCAAAGCUUGCGCAUCCGAUCUGACGGCAAGAUUUUUGCGACCGCGGGAUGGGAUUCGAAAGUCCGUGUCUAUUCGGCCAAGACCAUGUCCGAAUUGGCAGUGCUGAAGUGGCACGACGUUGGCUGUUACGCAGUUGCUUUUGCAACGUUAGAUGACGGCCAAACAUCAGGCUCCCCGAAGCGAGACGAUAGCAACGCUGAAGUCAGUGAAGGAUCCCAACCCGAAACAGUUGCUCCCAGUACUUCAGAUAACCAAAAGCCCACCACGAUGAUCGCGUCUAAGCUGGGCCAACUCAGCGUUAAGGAUCGACGGGUUAAGAUGGCGAAAGAGGCCCAUUGGUUAGCAGCUGGUAGCAAGGAUGGUAAGAUUAGCUUAUGGGACAUCUAUUAAGACUCAAUUAUAUUGUCCAACAGAGCUUCACGACGUUAAAGGCGAUAUAUACUCCUAAUUGUUUUUCAUAUCCGCACUAUAACGGGUG